ACAGAUGACCGACUGGUAUCGACCGAUGGGUUCAUGUUGAAUUUUUUGUGGGUGCUGCAGCAACUGAGCACAAAGAUCAAGCUAGAAACCGUUGACCCGAUGUACAUUUUCCACCCAAAGUGUCGCAUCAACAUACUAUCUGAUGAGACGCGUGUGAAAGCCUCUAUGGAAGACAUUAAAAGCUGGCUUUCUGAACUCAAUGAUCAGUCUAAGUUUGCUGAGCCAAAGUUCCCCACAGAAUGCUUCUUCCUGACACUACAUGCGCACCAUCUUGCUAUCUUGCCAAGUUGCCGCCGAUAUAUAAGAAGACUGCGAGCUAUUAGAGAUCUAAACCGGACUGUGGAGGAACUGAAAAACAGUGAAAGUCAGUGGAAGGAUUCUCCAUUGGCAAACAGACACAGGGAGAUGUUGAAGCGAUGCAAGACACAGUUGAAGGUGUGUAAGAAUUAUUGCAG